AAUUAAACAUGCAAAAACCUGAAUAAGUGAUGCAAGAUUUUGCUAAUUUAUUAGAUAAAUGUAUAUUGAAUUAAGAAUAAAAAUGUUAGAUAGAAAUGAUCCUGAAGCUUGGUCAUAAAUAUACAAGGUUAUAAAUUAUAAACCAACUUAAAAUAUUCCUAAAGGAUAAUCGUUAGAUCCAGAGAAAAUUCGAGAGUUUUUAAGAUUAGGAAAACCUGGAACUUAAGAAUUUGAUCCUUAUGAUGAUAUGAUUUAUUUUGAUGAUAACAAAGUGAAAGAAAUAGUUUUAAGAUAAAACUUCUUAAUAGCAAAAGGUUGAUUAUAAUUAAAUUUAGGUUAUUUUGAUCCAAAGGCGUAUUUCCCGUCAAUUAAUUUAAGUAGUUUAGAUGAUACAUCAUUUGAUGAGAAAAUUAAAGGUAUAUAAUAUAUUAAUAAUAAGAAAUGCUUAAAAUACCAGAAUAAGGAGAUAAGAAAAUUUGAAAAUUACAUCAUGUC